AUGAGAACUACUUUCGCUUCUGCACUCCUGGUGAGCGCCAUCGCUUUUCCUUCCCUCUCUUGCGCACAAAAGUUUGUUCAAUUCCCUAUAGCGCGAGUCAACAAUGGUGACGCUUUCGUAGCAGCAAUUAAUGUUGCCGUUGGCAACUCACCGCAGAAUAUGACCGCCAUCUUAGACACAGGCAGCAGUGACUUCUGGGUGCCGGCAAGUGGGAGCAAACUCUACGCCAAUCCUAAAAAUCAGUGCAUUGCAUCCGACAAGAAGUUUUCGACAGGCUCUUUCGCUUCCAACAGCUCUACUACCUUUGUGACAGGAAAGCCCAAUUUUUUUGCGAUCUAUACUGGCGGCGUGAAUGUCACUGGGACAUCUAUGCAAGACUCGAUCCGUCUUGGAAAUGCUGAACUCAAGAACAAUACCAUGGGUCUGAGUACCCAGGGUUUCUUACCCAGCGUUCUCUUUCCGGUUAUGGUGAUUGGUUUUGCAGCCCAGGAGUUCUCUGCGACGGAGCAAAACCCAACGCCAUAUGAGAACCUCCCAUUGACUCUGAAAUCGGUAGACUUGACCAAUACCGCUGCCUAUGGUAUUUACUUCAACUAUUUCAGUGGCAAUUCUUCUGUAGCGACACGCGCGGAGAUUUACUCUGGAAGCUGGAAUAACCUUAGGAGGCCUAUGCGUACGGUUCCAUUAGUGUGA